UGUGAAACGCCUAUAAUGUGAUUGUUUUUAUAUCGGUGGGUUACUGACCUCAUGAAUGACGGACAUGUAGGAUGAAUUUGAUUUUCAGUGAUGGGAGGCGAUGGCAGUAAGAGCAGUAAGGUUUUGGAGAAGAGACAUUACACAUCUGGAUGGCGUGGAUUUUUAUCCAGUUUGGGUGUUUCUGUACCCCAGGGGCUGCACAUCAGGGCACGGAGGACAAUUCAGGACAAGGGGGGAUCUGUCCCAGAACAUUUGUUGUCUUCACUGUCCGGCCCUGAGAAACUGCACAUGGAAUGUAGUCUCCCCACCUUCAUUACCAUGUUUCUACCUGAGUUUCCUCAUCGUUCUGUACCUGGAUUCGAGCAUUUUCAGAUUCUGGGUUACAUUGCCAAGGGAUCAUUUGGCCCUAUCUUAAAGGUGAAGGAUAGGUCAAAACAAAACACUUACGCAGUUAAGGUUAUUCCAAAGUCAGAGAUUCUUCGGCUGGGUGUGCUGAACCAGUCUAAAGAAGAGGUGAUAGUCCAGCGUCAGGUCCACCACCCUUUUGUCCAUGGCUUGCAGGACUGCUGGCAGACCCAGAGCCACCUCUAUAUUAUGUGUGAUUACUGCAGUGCAGGGGAUUUAUGUACCUACUGGUUGAUGAUUGGCCAGUUUGGAGAGGAUGCCGUCAAGGUGUUUGCUGCUGAGCUUGGCUCUGCAAUAGGGUUUCUUCAUGAUUUUGGAAUCAUCCACCGUGAUGUUAAGAUGGAGAAUGUUCUUUUAACAGACCAAGGCCAUUUACGGUUGGCUGAUUUUGGUUUGUCCCGGCGCCUCGAACGAGGAGGAAGGGCAUUCACCAUCUGUGGCACUAUUCAGUACAUGGCUCCUGAAGUGCUGAGUGGGGGUCCAUACAGCCAUGCUGCUGAUUGGUGGUCACUCGGGAUCUUGCUCUUUGCUUUGGCUACUGGUAAGUUUCCUGUGUCUCCAGAGUCAGAUCACUGCUGUAUGCUGAAGAAGGUGCGCAGCUUUUCUUAUGAGAUGCCCAGAAGCUUCUCUCCCCCCUUUGCUCUGUUGCUCAAUGAGCUGUUAUGUAAGACCCCGACACGUCGCCUUCGAACGUUAGACCGCUUUAAGCGGCAGACCUUUUUCUUUGGCACACCAUUCGACUCGCAUCUACUGCAAAAGAGUCCAAUGGAGCUGAUACUGGAACUAAAGAAACGUCCUGAUCGCCCUGCCAAAGCUUGUCGUGGUCUCACACCUGACCCAUUUUCCAAUUUUGACUGUGAUUUUCUUGAAGAUGCUACCAAAGAAACAACAGCCCAUGUGGAAAUAGUGGAGGCCCUAGUACAAAAUUACGUGCCUCAUGGUGAUGUUCCACACAGUGAAGAGUUUCUGUAG